AUGAGUGCUACUGCUGUGCAUUUCGACUCGAGAUACGAUAUGGGUUAUCCUCGCUCAUCACUUACAUGGCCCGGGCUUGACCCAAACGUUGAUCUACUCGGCCAUGACUUGAUGAGCCAUGCAGGAUCGGAUGCGAGCAUGACACCACCUAGCACAUCAAGGUCGGCGACUUCGAGCCCACCUCGCGGAAUCCUGACACCGGAGCAGCGCGAGUUGAAGAGACAACGAGACCAAGCUCGCAGAGACUCGAAAACGUCAGUCCGUGCCCGCCGCGCCCUUAGCACCGCAUCAUACUCUUCGGCAUCUCCUCCCAUGACAAUGGCAGAGUUCUCGACAGCCUCACCUGUACCGAUCUACACAACCUCGCCUUCCCAUAUUUCCCUAUUGACAGAGCCUGUGACUACCUUACCCGGCUCGUCGUAUAUUCCAUCGUACUCCACCUCACCUCUUCCGGAACCAUCGACCAUGUUUUCGUCUCCCUUUCCGACACUGCCAUCGAGCGGGUACAUGGGAUUGGAUUACACCUCAAGCUACUCCCAACAUCCGCCGACGCUGAUGGGUAGCGGCCGUCCAUCAUCGUUAUCAGAACCUGGCAUGUUGUAUCCCAUGCCACCUGUUUUACCAUCAGGCAGUGGUUCGAGUCAGGAGAACGGCCACGUCAGAGUUGUCCAAAGCCGACCCAAGCCACAGUGCUGGGAGCACGGAUGUAACGGGCGCCAGUUCUCGACAUUCAGCAACCUUCUGAGACAUCAACGUGAGAAGUCGGGCCAGGCGGCGAAGGCAUCGUGUCCUAAUUGUGGUGCAGAGUUCACUAGGACAACCGCAAGGAAUGGUCAUCUUUUACACGAUAAAUGCAAGUCGCGACGCAACUCUUAG